CGGCGUUUCAGCAGCAGAUGUCGCUCGUGCAGCUGCAGCUGGACCACGCCGCCAGCAGCAUCACCGCCCCCAGCAGAUGACGGCCGCCGCCAUGGGAGCCAUCGACAACGCCCACCGCUCCAUCCUCCUUCAGAUGAAUACCGCCAAGAAGGCCACACAGCAGCCGGGUAGUGCGCCAACCGAUAGACACCCAGACAGAACGACGUGCGGCCGUCUAUCUGUGUGUGUGCAGGCAAAAGAAAGUGGUGCAAGCUGUGGAGGGCAAGGGAUGAGGAGGAGAAGGACGAGGAGGAGGAGCUCGACGUGGAGUGGCUGCGGAUGCCAAAGGAUGAGGAGGAGCUCGACGUGGACGAGUGCAACGACAAAAGUGCCAUUUGCCUGGUUUACGAGGGAUUUAUCCGCCAGCAGGACCUGACCGUUAACGGCGAGUGCAUCUCUGCUGAGGAGGCGAAGAGCGUGUGCGGCGAGGCCGAAAAGGAGAUCGGAGGGCAGCGCUUCUGCAAGGGCAAGGACUUCAAGAGCACCGAGGUGACAAAGAUGUAGAAAGCAAAGAACGGACCUGAGGAAGGGAGGGAGGGAGGACGGGUGGAUGUCAGGUGCCUGACACACUCACUCUGCCAGGGGUGAGUGUGGCCGCGGGCGUGUGUGCACCGACGGGCGGUGGAGCAUUAGACUCCAUUCAAAUUUUAAGAGCGAGUUUUGUCCAAGUUUGUCGAUCCACUAAUCCGCCCGGCCGUCUACGGUGUCUGUGGGAUGCGCAUUGUGUGUUGGUGGAUUGCCUGUCUGACUGUCUGGCAUGGGUGGUGUUGGCCGCGCAUACCCAUGUCCACGGCCCGGCUGCAGCGUUGCAUUCACACACGGAUGGAUGGAUGGAUGGACCAUUCCCAUUGUUUUGAACCAUCAAGCGAAGCGC